CGCCAACGUCUAUUUAAAAUUUUGAUAUGCAAUUUGUGUUAAAUGCGUUGUAAAGAAAACUAUUUAUACCUAUUUACUGUUGUCUUUAUUUUGCUUCAUAUUGUAUUUUUCGGUAUCCAUAAAUAUCGUUGUUUGUGAAAAUUUGUGUGAAAAAGUCUAUUAAGCAUCUUCAAGUUUGGUAUGGCUAAACCUCACCUGAAGAAAGUAGCGUUCCUGAGGACCCGCUAUGUCACAGCACUAAAAUUAAGAUUUUUCUUCUUUGUGACAAUACCAGUUUGUUAUUUGGUAUUUACAGCGUUAACAAAACAAUCCGUUUCUUCUGAAGAUAUUGAAUAUUACCCGCAGACACCAGAAAUUACUGGAUCGCGGAAAUUGCUUGGCCUAUCUUUCACCGAUGCCAAGAAUUCGAGUCUGGCAGAUGAUCAUGGUCAUAACUGCACGCCCGCAGCUAUCUUAGAUUUUCCUUCCGAUGGAUUCACCAGGGAGCAAAGAAGACAGGGCUGGGCGCUGGUCCAUGCCGUUAUCGCAUUCUAUUGCUUCUGGCUGUUGGCAUUAGUUUGCGAUGACUACUUCGUUCCAGCAAUUGAGAUGCUGUGUAAAAAGCUAGAUAUGAAGGAAGAUGUCGCCGGAGCUACAUUCAUGGCCGCUGCCAGUUCUAGUCCUGAAUUAUUUAUUAAUUCGGUAGGAACUUUCAUAACAGAAGGAGACCUCGGGGUCGGCACGGUCGUGGGUUCAUCUGUAUUUAAUAUACUUGCCGUCCCUGCAUGUUGUGGGCUCUUUGCUGGAAGGGUAGUAGAUUUAGAUUGGUGGCCAGUAACUCGGGAUUCUGUCAUGUAUGGAUUUGCCGUAGUUGCCCUUAUUACUACUUUAUUAGAUGGAAAAGUUAUGUGGUAUGAAGCCCUAACCCUAGUACUGGCUUAUAUAUUUUAUAUUGCAGCUAUGUACUUCAAUGAUGUGAUGAGUGACAGCGCCCGAGACUUUGUCCGAAUGUGCUGUGGAAAAAAGAAGACCAAGAAGGAUAUUGCCUUGUAUAGAGAAAUUAUGACAGAAGCUUCUCCUCUUCUUCUACAGGAUAAGAAAACAAUGAAUGGCUUAUCAAAUGGUCAUGUAGAAAAUGGAACUUGCGUUAAUAUCAUAACAAAAGUAGAAGAAGAAGAAGUCGAAUUUGCUGAAAGUCCGUGGACAGGACCAGAAUCCGGAGGACUUUUUGCUUAUAUAUUGAAGUGGCCAAUAUCUUUGGUUCUUUGGCUAACCAUCCCAGAUUGCAGAAGCCGUCCUAGAAUGUACCCAUUGACGUUCAUCAUGUGCGUCAUCUGGAUUGGAGUUACGUCCUACAUGGUCGCUUGGCUCAUUACAGUCAUUGGAGAUACUUUGGAUAUUCCUGACUCCGUGAUGGGUCUCACAUUUUUGGCAGCGGGUACAAGUGUACCCGAAGGAGUUUCCAGUGUAAUUGUAACUAACCAAGGACAUGGAGCAAUGGGAAUUUCGAGCUCAAUAGGCUCUAAUACAUUUGAUAUAUUAUUGUGCUUGGGACUUCCUUGGCUGAUUAAAUCUACAUUGUAUCCUCUUAAUCCUGGGAAUAAUUGGGUGGUUCUGAAUUCCAGUGGACUGCCCUAUUCAGCAGGAUCUUUACUUUCUACCUUAUUUGGUUUGUACCUGGCGUUUGCAUUAAAUCGCUUCCGUUUGGAUUGGAAAAUCGGAGUGACAUGUACUCUGAUGUACAUUGCUUUUCUAGCAUUUGCAAGUGCAGUUGAAUUGAAUUUCUUUUUCCCUGUAAAUUUACCAACAUGUGAUCGGUGACCAAAAAUCAUGAAUCAUUUGAUAGUAGAAUCAAAUUAAAUUAGUUUACAUUAGCUGCCUACUUCAUUUAUAAUAUAAGUAUAUUAGAGAAUAUUUAUGGAUAUUUAGGAUACAAUUAUGUGCUUCCCCAGGUUGAAAGAUUCUAAUUUUUUAAAAAUCUUCAAUA